AACACGCGAAUCAAUUUUGCUGGUUUUCGCUAAAAAAUUUAAUAGGGUUUACUAGUGCCAGCAGCGUCGCCACUCUCACCACCUCUCAUUUCCAAUGGCGCCCAUACACUUACAAAUCCCCGUCUCUCCUCUCUCAGUUUCCAUCCCCAACUCAAAAAAUCCAUGGCGAUGUCGGCGAUCUCAACCUCUCUUCUCCUAUCCUCGAUCCCUUCAACAAUCAGGGCCAAAAAAGGCCGGUCCUUUAUCGACGCAUCAGCGAGAUCUGAACCCUCAAACCUCAGAAAAGAAGACAUCGUCGUCGUCGGCGCUGGGAUCGCCGGCCUAGCCACCGCUCUCUCGCUUCACAGGCUAGGGUUCCGAUCGCUGGUCCUGGAGCAAGGGGAGUCGCUGCGGACCGGAGGGACCUCGCUGACGCUGUUUAAGAAUGGAUGGCGCGUGCUGGACGCUAUUGGGGUCGGGGACGAGCUCAGGAGCAAAUUCCUCCAAAUUCAAGGAUAUGGCAGAGGUCGUGGUCGUAGUCGAGGACGUGACCGCGACACAAAGGGAGGACGUGGCACAUUUGGGAGACAGGUUGACUCCGAUAAGACUCUGCGUCAGUGUAGAUAUUAUGGGAGGACUAAUCAUAUAUCUGAGAAGUGCUGGGAGAAGUUUGAUCACCCUGCAUGGGCCAAAAUUACUGAUAUUACAUUUAUCUCUGUUGAUUCUCCGACUACUACUUUUGCUCCCUUCACUGUUCAAAUUUCGCAAGCUGAGUAUGACCGGUUGCGUCAACUCGAGUCUUCUCAGAAUAGUCAUUUUGCUACUCAUGCAUCCUCUUCAGGUAUGGAUGCCUACAUUGCCUCUCCUCACAAGCCAUGGGUAUUAGAUUCUGGUGCCUCUUCUCAUAUGACAGGUAUAAAGGAUCACUUUGUUUCUUUAAAACUGUCUGACAAGUUUUCAUCGGUCUGCAUUGCUGAUGAUACAUAUUCUCCAGUUCUUGGUGAUGGAGUAGUCUAUGCUACUUCAUCACUGACCCUUACUGACGUCUUAAAGUAUUUGUGGUCUGAUGUUCUCAGUGCAUGUUUCCUGAUUAAUAGGAUGCCCUCUCCUGUUCUUAAUGGUACAAUACUGUUCACCUACCUUUAUCCUGACAAAAAACCUUUUCCUGUGGUUCAUCGUGUUUUUGGCUGUACUUGAUUUGUUCAGGAUUUGUCUCCAGGACUGGAUAAAAUAUCUCAUCGGUCUAUUAAGUGUCUUUGUAGGCUACUCGCGUACUCAAAAAGGUUAUCGGUGUUAUAACUCAUCCACCAGGAGAUAUUUUUUGUCAGCAGAUGUAACUUUUUUUUAGUAUGUUUCAUACUUCUCGACUAGUUCAUCUCCACCUGUCAAUCCAUCUAUGCCUAUUCCUUCUAUUGCUCCUACUACUGUUCCAUUACCUGCUUUCGUUCCUUUUGCUAAUGGAUCUCCAAGAUUACAAAAUACCUCCAUUGUGCCAUUUGCACCACCGCCACUACUGACGUAUUGUCGCCGUCCAAAAGUUCCUGUCCCUCUCUCUGCUCCAACCGAACAGUCAUCUCCCGUUGCAGGUCUGUCUCCUUCUAAUAUUUCUAAUUCCCCUGAUCUGGACAUUCCAAUUGCUCAUCGGAAAGGUAAACGGUC